AUGGGUGGGCUGGCUUCGUUUCUAUGUCCACCAGAACGAUCACCAGAAGAUCGAGUUGAAAAAACGGUAAGAAUUAUUAUCGAGUCUGGUUUAUUUCUUACAGCAAGCUCAUUUUACAUAUGUACGUUAUACUAAACAGAAAGCUUUUUUAUUUCAUUAUAUCAAAAAAUAAUGAAAUUCAAACUAAAAGCUCACAAUACGUUUAUUAUGGAACCAAGCAACAAACAUUUUAGAGAAAGAACAAGUUGGUUCGUUUCUUCAUGACCGGUCUAGGAUCAGCCGGUAAGACGACGGUUAUUCGUCAAUUGUUAAUCUUGUGUAAGGAAAAAGAAUCCUACAAACUGUGCGACGAUCAGUGGAAUGAGCUCAAAGAUUUGCCCGAAGAAGACAAUGACUUUUGGCUUCUUACUGUACGAACAAACAUCAUUGACGCAUUGGAUUUGAUGAUCAAAGUAAGGAAUAAUAAUUGCUAUUGAGUAAUCGUAAAUUUCAAUAAAAGUCUUUCAGCAAAUCUUCAAAAUCAACUAAUAUUUAAUUUCAAAUUUCGUAUUGGUUUACGCCAGGGACGUCGUUACGGCCUCUGGUAGUUACACGUAUUUUACCUAAAUUUUCAGCAACUUCAAAAAGAAGCAGCUACAAUCCCAGAUGAAUUCGAGAAAAUAAUCCAACAGCUAGACGAAAUCUUAGAGAAGACCGAAGACGACAGCCGAGAGCUUGGCAUAGAGUUAGAUUCUGAAGAAUUCCAGAGUUCAUUGGUUAAACUGUUCAAAAGUGAUCUAGUAAGUUACUGGCAGAGUUGCCAAAGGCUCCGGAGCCGGCGUCGGGGCAGCUCCGUAGCUAGAGUUAUAAACUGACGAAUUUCAAUACAAAAAACCCCCGGCACCAUUACAGCUCCGGAGCUGGAAAGAACACAAGCUACAAAUUUAAAAAUAUAAGGCAAUUUUAAAUCACACUACCUACACUAAUGCUAUGCCAAAACCUUUCAGAUCCAACAAGUCUGGAAACGGCGUAACCUAAUCCGCAUCGAGAAUCGCAAACUCUUCGAUGGAUGUGAACACUUUCUGACGGCCGAAAAAGUCGAAGCCAUUUUCAAGCCCGGUUACGUGGUAACCCACCAGGACAAGUUGCAUGCUCGUAAACCAACUACAGAUAUGCACACAUAUCGUAUUCGGAUCAACGAUAUCGACCUUGAAAUCAAUGAUGUUGGAGGUCAGAAAAGUGAAUUGAGAAAGAUUGUCAAUCACUUAGACAAAUUUGCUCAUGGGGUAAGUCUUACUAGAAAUAUCGCUUGCAAAAUAGCAUGAGUACAACUAGCGCUAGGCGGGUUGACUUGGCCCAGUAAACCCGGUCUCCUUACAGUUCUGUAAGCGGAUGGCUUCGGUCAGAAAAAUUUUUUAAGCUUUUUUUUUAAAUACCAACAUCAUCUAACCUAAUAUUUUCAGCACGACGGUGACGAAAACGUCUCAAACUACGUCCUUCUCGUGAUUCCAGUCAGUGACUUUGACGUAGAUCACGAUGAGUAUGAAGGAACCUUGCUAGACGAAUGUGCCAGCUACAUGGAACAUCUGAUGAACGUUCCUGUGGCCAAACGCUGUGGUUUAUUUAUCUUUUUCAAUAAGAGUGAUCGAUUCUUUGCUAAACUGAAUGAUCCUGAAUGUCGAGGUUCUAUCAAAUAUCUGUCUGACAACUUGACUUCACGACAGGUUAGUGAUUUUGUGGCUACCGGCAAGUAUAAGAAGAGAGAUAUGGAGAAGGCUGUGACGGCUCAGUUCGCUGACAUUAUGAAGAAGAUCCCGGAUCGAGAGUAUAACACGGAUACAAGGUAGGUUAAUAUUUGUGGUUGGCCGGGAUCGUCUGUGCCAUUUGUUAAGAUCAUUCUUAUUUACGUCGUUUUAAAUGAGAAUAACCUCAACUAAUGAUAAACACAUUUUUUUUAUUCAUUUGACCGUUUUUUUCUUGUUUGUAAGCCAUGUCCAAUGUAAAAUACGUCUGUACUAGUUCUGCCCAAUGAAUAAUUUUAUCUCCUCCACCAUUCAAAGUCCAAACUUUUCAGAAUGACCUGUGCCGUGGACAGUAAAAUGAUGGAUGGUUUGUUUAGCGCCAUAAAAUCGUCGAUAAUUGAAAAAGACCCUUCUAGUGUUUUAUCAUAA